AUGGAUGCAAACAACGCACCCAAUAGAGUAGCGGUAGUCACUGGAGGCGGAGGCGACAUUGGCCGUGCCAUUGCUGCCGAGGUUAUAAAAACCCGGGACCAUGUAGUGCUAGUGGACAUUGACAAGGCCAGCGUCGAGCGGGCAGCCCAAGCUUUAGGAGCACAUAGGGCAACGGCCAUUAUCUGCGAUAUUACAGACGAUGUUGCAGUCCACCGAAUGGCACAAGAGGCACUGGCACUGGGUGCGGUCAACCUUUUGGUCAACAAUGCCGGCGGGACGUGGGCAAGCUCGCUUCAAGAAACGACGCCGGAGGUGUGGAAGCGUGAGACGGCGCUGAACCUCGACGCCUCCUUCUUCUGCUUCAAGGCCUUCGAACAGUCAUUGAAGAACACCCACGGCACAGUUAUUAACAUUGCCUCCGUCAACGGCCUGUCUGUCUACGGCAACCCCGCCUACAGCGCUGCGAAAGCCGGGCUGAUCCAUUUCACGAAAUCGAUUGCGGUGGAAUACGGACGGUUCGGCAUGCGGGCGAAUGCAAUCGCUCCUGGGACAGUGCGCACGCAGGCGUGGGAGGAGCGGCUGGCAGCAAAUCCCAAGGUGUUCGAAGAAGCGAUGCAGUGGUAUCCGAAGGGUCAUGUCAUCGAGCCGGGAGCGGUGGCUGGCGCGGUGGCCUUCCUCAGCAGCCCCGAGGCAGCGUCCAUCACGGGCGUCUGUCUUCCAGUCGACGCCGGCCUGACGGCUGGCCAGGCACGGCUGGCCUCGACGUUCUCGCAGUCGCAGUUCUACCGAUAA